GUCUAGAUUAUCGAUUUACGUAUAUUUGUCACUAAUAUCCACACACGCGCUAUAAUCAAGGACAGCGUUCGGCAGACGCGACUAGGACUGAUUUAGAUAUCAGGCACCGGGUAACUCCCCUGAAAGCUUACUUGCAGAAGUCCCAACUCCCAAAAUUUUUUUGCAGACAAUAAUCUUUUGCCUUUGCAGCGUAACCCAGUUUUAUCUACCCACACUGAUUACAAGACCAGCAAGAUGUCUUCGAAGAAAGUGAAGACGGGAAAGAAGUCAACGUCAAAGGCGGUUGCUGCUGCUAAGCCUGCUCCUGUUGAGGAAGAGACUGUCUCUGGGAUUUCCGGGGCUACUGACUACUCCCUCGAGCAGACCAAGAAGGCUCUCAUGGCACUGUUGAAGCAUAUGGAGAAGGUAGCAGCUGAGGGCGAAGUUGCAGCUGACGAAGGAGACGAUGCGUUGUCUGGAAAGAAGCGCAAGCUGAAUUUGCUGUCGGACGACCCGUCGGAUCCGGCGCAGUCAGACAAGAAAGCGAUUUACCUUGUCGUCAGCACCAAGAAGUUUUUGAGCGAUCGGUUGGUUAUGAAGCCAAAGCGCAUUACUGUCCCGCAUCCUAUCUACAACAGCGAUACCACCUCGAUCUGCCUUCUCACAAAGGAUCCCCAACGUCUUUACAAAGACAUCUUUCUCCCGUCGGAUAUCGGCGACGACGACCCAGUUAUCUCAGGGUCUCUAGCCCGUAUCAUCGGUGUCUCUAAACUUCGAAGCAAAUUCAAGACCUUUGAGGCUCGCCGACAACUCAGAGACGGCUACGAUCUAUUCCUUGCCGACGAUCGUAUCGUUGCGAUGCUUCCCCCUCUCCUAGGUAAAACCUUCAUUGGAGUGAAGAAGAUGCCUAUACCGAUCAGAUUUCUUGGUCCUACUGGCAAGAAGAACGAGGAGACGCAGAAAGCUGUCAAGCAGCAGCUCAGCAAGAAGAAGCGCGCCGAGAUCUCCCCUGAGGAGGAGAUCGAGCAGGAGAAGAAGAAUAUCUCGGUGAAGCGAGUGAAGGCCGAGUUUGAGCGGACGCUGAAAUCCGCUAUCGUUGUCUUGCCCGCUGGUGCUUUGACAACAGUCAAGAUCGGUUUCUCGACUUUUACUGCCGAGCAACUUGCUGAGAAUGUGGACGCGGUGGUUGAGGAGCUGGCAAAGAGCGUCAUAAAAGGAGGAUGGGACGGGAUCAGAUCAUUGCAUGUUAAGAGCACGGACAGCAUCAGUCUGCCUAUCUUUUUGACUAAAAGUCUAGAGUGAAAGGUUUUGUUGUGUAUGAUAGAUCAGCAAAAAGUUGGUUAUUACGUUUUAAGAUUGUGUAGACUUGAUUAAUUCUGUCCUCUAAAAUGUCCUCAUAUACGCCGAUCAAAAACACCACCACAACUCGCAUAUGAAAUCAUGCAGUCCAAAAGCAUAUACUGAUAGACUAACGGGGGUUAUGAGACCAAAAGAGUAGUAGCAUGAAAAACAGUCAUGACCGCAAAAGAAGCAUGCAUUCAGAAAUUAUUAAGAGUACAACAUUUUGGGUUUGUGUAGGAUCUGGAAAAUAAAGGGAAAAUGAACAAACAAAAAAAACAAUAGGACGAGACGAAAACAAAGAGCCAGU